GCUCAUUGUGUCGAUUGAGUUGCUCGUGGAAGGACGACGACGACGGCGGUGUCUCCAGUCUUUGAGUUUCGGUUCGGUCCGCGCCAAAGGAUAUACAGACCCACACACACCAAUAUUUAAUACCGCCCACCACCCCCCGAAUACAUAGGCGCAGUGAAAAAUUCUAUACGUUUGCUGUGUCUGUGUGCGUGUCUCGCGUCGCGUGUUCGAGUGCGUGUGUGUGAAAUGGGCACAGCGAAAAUAAUUUAAAUAAAUUCGGAAGAGUCCAUAAAGAAAGUUAAUGCAAAAUUCUUUUCUCCUUACAAAAUCUGUAUAAAAGAAUUAAAUUUAAGAAAGAAAAUACAACAUAUACCACAAAAAAAGAUAUAUAUAAGAUAUAUCCUUGUGUGUGUGCCAGUGUCCAAUGUGCAAAAGUGUUGAUGGAAACUAAAACCAAUAAAACGUAAAGCUAACCGGGUUUUAAGUCCCAAAGAGAUUAUUGUAGUAAAAACACAAGCACUUGUUAAAAAUCAAUAACUGGGAUUAGUAGCUGAAGUUUAUAACAAAAAAAAAACACGGAAAAGGAAAUCGGAGAAGAAUCAACAAAACUUAAAAUUGUGCCACCCACAAAGAAACAACGAAAAUGUAUUGAUUAGCAGUGGAAAAAAGUGGACAGGACAAAAGGAAUUCACCCAUGAAUAAGUCAAGCGUAAGGCGUAAAAUCCACAAUUGAAGAGGGAGAAAAAAAGGAGAAUAAGUCACGAAAAAAGUGCUAAUCGUCAACAGGAUCAAACAGUGCCGCGGCAAAAUGGCGGCACGACGUUGCCUGAAUCAGCUCAGGCAACGUUAUAUAACCAACCGAUUAAAUCUAUACACCUGCGCGAUAUUUUUGAUAUCUCUACCGUUAAUUUUGGCCAUAGAGGAGACCACAUUUGCUGGUUUGUCGGCGGAAAAUGCGGCUCGCAUGUUGGCCGGCAGUCCUGGCGAUGUGGAAAAGUCACCGUCGCAUCACAGCGAAAUGUCCUUGGUGCUGCCACACGAUACCUAUCCCGGAUUUAGCAUCAAGAAGUUCAAGACCCAUCCCGUUAAGAUAAAUGGUAGCUCGCAUGCCGGCGGAGCUGCCUAUCACAUGUUGAAUAGUGAUUACUCCAAGUACUUUACGGUACUGGAAGAUGGUGUGGUGAUGACCACGGCGGAUAUAUCCCCGCUUGUCAAUCGUCCAGUUCAAUUGGUGGUCGUUGAACAAACGCCCAAUGUCACCAACACCCACAAUCUCCAGUUGUUCGUGAUGCAUCGCAAUGAUAUGCUGCGGUUUUCGGGUUCCCUACUCGAUGCCAGUGGUGAAGUUAGGGAGAAUCAACCGGCGGGUACCAGGGUGCGUGGAGUACCUCUGAUGCAGGCCUUCAGCGGAUCCAUCCUGGACGAAGAACUGGCCACGCCCAAGAAAGUGAGGUACACCAUCAUCGAUGGCAACGUGGAUGAUGCAUUUGCUCUGCAGGAACGCAAGGCCAAUAAAAACAUCCAAAUCAGCGCCAAAUCCUUGGUAAUUAAUGGCGAUGACGAGUCCGGUGUUUGGCUGGUCACCAAUCGUCCCUUGGACCGUGAAGAACGGGCUCACUACGAUCUCUCCGUGGAAGCAUCCGAUGUAGAUGGCUUGGAUAAGACAGUUUCCAAAAUACAAAUCACCGUGCUCGAUGAAAACGACAAUAGACCGAUAUUUAAGUCCCUGGAUUAUAAGUUCGCCAUUGCUGGUCAAAAAUCGGUGAAUAUGGAGAGCAACAGUAGUGUGACCUAUCAGCGAUUUGCGAUCAUGGGAAAAGUAGAGGCCACCGAUGCUGAUGGGGAUAAAAUUGCCUAUCGCCUCAAGUCGCCCAGCAAUGUUGUGAUUAUAGUCCCUCAAACUGGCGAAAUAAUGCUGGCCGGUGAGCCCACCUCAAAUGAGCUUCUCAUCGAGGUGUUGGCUCAUGAUUUGAGGUAUCCCAGUCUACUGAGUGCCAAGCCCGCAAAGGUCCUGCUGGAAUUUUUGGCUGCUGAACCAGUUUCGUUUAUUAUGCAACAUCUGGAACACGAUGAGGUGAAUAAUCACUCACAUCACCGCGAGAAAAGACGAGUUACCCGAGCUGUUCGACCCACCAAGAGGAUUGAGUUCACCGAAGCUGAUGGAGAUACUGAGGGAAAAUCGGUAUUUCAGUUGGAAAAGGAAACCGACAAGGAAACAUUCAAGAUCAGGGAUGAUAAUCCCUGGGUGACGGUGGAAACAAAUGGCGCGGUGCGAGUCAAGAAGAAGUGGGACUACGAGGAGCUGGGUCCGGAGAAGACCAUCGAUUUCUGGGUCAUCAUCACCAAUAUGGGGCAUAAUGCUGGCAUCAAGUAUACGGACAACCAGCGUGUGAUAAUCCUGGUGAAGGAUGUGAACGAUGAGCCACCGUACUUCAUCAACCGACCGCUGCCAAUGCAGGCCGUGGUCCAGCUAAAUGCACCACCCAAUACUCCCGUUUUUACACUCCAAGCCCGAGAUCCCGAUACCGAUCAUAAUAUCCAUUACUUCAUCGUUCGCGAUCGAACUGGCGGACGUUUCGAGGUGGAUGAGCGAUCUGGAGUGGUGCGAACUAGGGGCACGGAUCUCUUUCAACUGGAUAUGGAGUAUGUCCUGUAUGUGAAGGCCGAGGAUCAGAAUGGAAAGGUCGAUGAUCGCAGAUUCCAGAGUACUCCGGAGGAGCGACUGUCUAUUGUUGGUGGCAAACGAGCUCCUCAGUUCUAUAUGCCCAGCUAUGAAGCCGAGAUUCCAGAAAACCAGAAAAAGGACUCCGACAUCAUUUCGAUUAAGGCCAAGUCGUUCGCAGACCGCGAAAUCCGCUACACUUUGAAGGCCCAGGGCCAGGGAGCCGGCACCUUUAAUAUCGGACCCACGUCGGGCAUUGUCAAGUUGGCCAAGGAGUUGGACUUUGAGGAUCUGCGACAGCCGCACGUGUACUCGCUGAUUGUGACAGCCACCGAGGACUCCGGGGGAUUUUCCACCUCUGUCGAUCUCACCAUUCGCGUAACUGAUGUGAACGAUAAUGCUCCUAAGUUCGAGCUGCCCGAUUAUCAGGCCCACAAUGUGGAUGAGGAUAUUCCGCUGGGCACAAGCAUACUUCGUGUCAAAGCUAUGGAUUCGGAUUCCGGAUCGAAUGCCGAAAUCGAAUACCUAGUGUCCGAUGACCAUUUCGCCGUGGAUUCCAAUGGAAUCAUCGUGAACAACAAGCAAUUGGAUGCGGAUAACAAUAAUGCCUACUAUGAGUUCAUAGUCACUGCCAAGGACAAAGGUGAACCGCCAAAAUCGGGAGUGGCUACAGUUCGUGUUUACACCAAAAAUAAGAACGAUGAGGAGCCAAAGUUCUCACAGCAAGUCUAUACACCCAAUGUCGAUGAGAAUGCCGGUCCGAAUACUUUGGUGACCACUGUGGUGGCCUCCGAUAAGGAUGGUGAUAAUGUACGAUUUGGAUUCGUGGGUGGCGGCACUUCGUCGGGUCAGUUUGUCAUCGAGGAUAUAACCGGUGUGAUCCGACUGCACAAUAAAGCCAUUUCCCUGGACAGGGACAAGUACGAGUUGAACGUCACCGCCAUGGACGAUGGAUCGUGUUGUGUGAAUGGCGAUCAAACUAUCCACACCUCAACUGCCGUGGUAGUGGUCUUCAUCACCGAUGUCAACGAUAAUAAGCCGGUGUUCAAGGACUGCAGUACCUACUACCCAAAAGUCGAGGAAGGAGCUCCCAACGGAAGUCCUGUCAUCAAAGUUGUGGCCACCGAUGAGGAUAAGGGCGUGAAUGGACAGGUGAAAUACUCGAUUGUUCAGCAGCCGAAUCAGAAGGGAACAAAGUUUACAGUGGACGAGGAAACUGGAGAGGUGUCCACCAACAAGGUGUUCGAUCGUGAAGGAGAUGACGGCAAGUUUGUGUCGGUCACAGUUAAGGCCACCGAUCAGGGUGAUCCAAGUCUGGAGGGUGUCUGCUCUUUUACUGUGGAAAUCACAGACGUUAACGAUAAUCCCCCACUAUUCGAUCGUCAGAAAUAUGUGGAGAAUGUAAAACAGGAUGCCAGCAUUGGCACGAAUAUCCUCCGUGUCUCCGCUUCUGAUGAAGAUGCCGAUAACAAUGGAGCUAUAGUAUACAGCCUGACUGCCCCCUUCAAUCCUAACGAUCUGGAAUAUUUUGAAAUUCAGGCCGAAUCCGGUUGGAUUGUGCUGAAGAAACCGCUUGACGGUUGUUAUCCACGUGAUCGAUAUCGUUUGAGGGUUAGCGCCUCCGAUAAGGGCACUCCCGCCUCGGCAGCCGAUGUCGACGUUGAGUUAGAUGUCGUCGAUCGGAAUAAUAAGCCGCCCAUUUGGGAUAAGAUCGUUUACGGGCCGAUUUACAUACGCGAGAAUGUAACUGUGGGUACGGUUGUAACAUCAGUUAAGGCAAGUUCGGGCAUUGAAGGCAAUCCCACAGUUUUCUAUCGACUGAUGCCCGGGUCAACGGCCCAAACGAACAAAUUUCACACGUUCUACUUGCAACAAAGACCGGACAAUGGCGACACUUGGGCCGAUAUAAAAGUAAAUCAUCCGCUGGACUACGAGAGCAUCAAGGAAUACAAUCUAACCAUACGUGUGGAGAACAACGGGGCCCAACAAUUGGCAUCGGAAGCGACCGUUUACAUAAUGCUCGAGGAUGUUAAUGAUGAAAUACCUUUAUUCACCGAACGCGAACAGGAAACGGUGCUCGAGGGCGAACCGAUUGGCACCAAAGUGACACAAGUGAACGCCAUCGACAAGGAUGGCACAUUCCCAAAUAAUCAGGUCUACUACUACAUUGUCGAUUCGCCACGAAACGAGGGCAAAGAAUUCUUUGAAAUCAACCUGCAGAGUGGAGAGAUAUUCACGAAAACCGUGUUCGACAGGGAGAAGAAGGGCGCCUAUGCCCUCGAAGUGGAGGCUCGGGAUGGAGCUCCUUCGGCGCGACCCAAUAGCAAUGGACCCAAUUCAGUCACCAAAUUCAUACGCAUUGGCAUCGCCGAUAAAAACGAUAAUCCGCCCUAUUUCGACAAAUCGCUGUACGAGGCCGAAGUGGAUGAGAACGAGGACAUUCAGCACACAGUGCUCACUGUAACGGCCAAGGAUCACGACGAGUCCUCACGUAUCCGCUAUGAAAUUACAAGCGGCAACAUCGGCGGCGCUUUUGCGGUUAAAAAUAUGACGGGUGCCAUUUAUGUAGCUGGCGCUUUAGAUUACGAAACUCGACGCCGGUACGAGCUUCGUUUGGCGGCCUCAGAUAAUUUGAAGGAGAACUACACCACCGUGAUUAUCCAUGUCAAGGAUGUAAACGAUAAUCCCCCCGUUUUUGAGCGACCCACUUAUCGUACCCAGAUUACCGAAGAGGAUGAUCGUAAUUUGCCCAAACGCGUCUUGCAGGUUACGGCCACAGAUGGCGACAAGGAUCGUCCCCAGAACAUCGUGUACUUCCUCACGGGGCAAGGCAUUGAUCCGGAUAAUCCAGCCAAUAGCAAAUUCGACAUUAACCGCACCACUGGCGAAAUAUUCGUUUUAAAGCCCCUGGAUCGCGAUCAACCGAACGGACGACCCCAGUGGCGCUUCACUGUAUUCGCCCAGGACGAGGGCGGCGAGGGGCUCGUGGGCUAUGCGGAUGUCCAGGUCAAUCUGAAGGACAUCAACGAUAAUGCCCCCAUUUUCCCGCAGGGCGUGUACUUUGGCAAUGUCACGGAGAACGGCACCGCCGGCAUGGUGGUGAUGACCAUGACGGCCGUGGAUUACGACGACCCCAACGAGGGCUCCAACGCCCGACUGGUCUACUCCAUCGAGAAGAACGUGAUUGAGGAGGAGACCGGGUCGCCCAUUUUCGAAAUCGAACCCGACACGGGUGUGAUUAAGACCGCAGUGUGUUGUCUGGAUCGCGAGAGAACCCCGGACUAUUCGAUACAGGUCGUUGCAAUGGACGGCGGGGGGUUGAAGGGGACGGGGACGGCCUCCAUACGGGUUAAGGAUAUCAACGAUAUGCCGCCGCAGUUCACGAAGGACGAAUGGUUUACGGAAGUGGACGAAACGGAUGGCACGGCCCUGCCAGAAAUGCCCAUUUUAACCGUGACCGUGCACGAUGAAGACGAAACGAAUAAGUUCCAGUACAAAGUGAUCGAUAACAGCGGCUACGGAGCCGAUAAAUUCACCAUGGUGCGGAAUAACGAUGGCACUGGCUCCCUGAAAAUCGUCCAGCCCCUGGACUACGAGGAUCAACUGCAAAGCAAUGGCUUCCGUUUCCGCAUCCAAGUGAACGACAAGGGCGAGGACAACGACAAUGAUAAAUACCACGUGGCCUACUCGUGGGUUGUGGUCAAACUGAGGGACAUCAACGACAAUAAGCCGCAUUUCGAGCGGGCCAAUGUGGAGGUCUCCGUUUUCGAGGACACCAAAGUGGGCACCGAACUAGAGAAGUUCAAGGCCACCGAUCCGGAUCAGGGUGGCAAGAGCAAGGUCUCCUAUUCCAUCGAUCGUUCCUCGGAUCGCCAGCGCCAGUUUGCCAUCAACCAGAAUGGAUCGGUUACCAUUCAACGCUCCUUGGACCGCGAAGUUGUGCCCCGUCAUCAGGUCAAGAUCCUGGCCAUUGACGACGGCUCUCCACCGAAAACCGCCACUGCCACGCUCACAGUUAUCGUUCAGGACAUCAACGAUAAUGCUCCCAAGUUCCUGAAGGACUACCGACCCGUUCUGCCGGAGCAUGUGCCUCCACGUAAGGUGGUCGAGAUCCUGGCCACCGACGAUGACGAUCGCUCCAAGAGCAAUGGUCCACCAUUCCAGUUCCGCUUGGACCCCAGUGCCGAUGAUAUCAUCCGUGCCUCCUUCAAGGUGGAACAGGAUCAGAAGGGUGCCAAUGGUGAUGGCAUGGCUGUGAUUUCCUCCCUGCGAUCCUUCGAUCGCGAGCAGCAAAAGGAGUAUAUGAUCCCGAUUGUGAUCAAGGAUCACGGUUCGCCAGCGAUGACGGGAACCAGUACAUUGACCGUCAUAAUCGGUGAUGUGAAUGACAACAAAAUGCAGCCUGGCUCCAAAGACAUAUUUGUUUACAACUACCAAGGACAAUCACCGGACACGCCAAUUGGUCGAGUUUAUGUCUACGAUUUGGAUGAUUGGGAUCUGCCCGACAAGAAGUUCUACUGGGAGGCCAUGGAGCAUCCGCGAUUCAAGUUGGAUGAGGAUUCCGGCAUGGUCACCAUGCGGGCAGGCACUCGCGAGGGACGUUAUCAUCUCAGGUUCAAAGUCUACGAUCGCAAACACACCCAAACCGACAUUCCAGCCAAUGUCACGGUUACCGUGAGGGAAAUCCCCCAUGAAGCUGUCAUAAAUUCGGGAUCCGUACGCCUGUCUGGCAUUUCAGACGAAGACUUCAUUCGCGUGUGGAAUUACAGAACCCAGAGCAUGAGUCGCUCGAAAAUGGAUCGUUUUAGGGAUAAACUCGCCGACUUGCUGAAUACCGAAAGAGAGAACGUGGACAUAUUCAGUGUGCAAUUGAAGAGGAAAAAUCCGCCUCUAACUGAUAUAAGGUUCUCGGCCCAUGGAUCUCCGUAUUACAAACCCGUCAGGCUAAAUGGCAUUGUUUUGAUGCACCGCGAGGAGAUCGAAAAGGAUGUGGGCAUCAAUAUCACCAUGGUGGGCAUCGAUGAAUGUCUGUAUGAGAAUCAAAUGUGCGAGGGUAGCUGCACAAAUGCCCUGGAAAUAAGUCCGUUGCCAUAUAUGGUAAAUGCCAACAAAACUGCCUUGGUCGGAGUUCGAGUGGACACGAUUGCCGACUGUACCUGUGGUGCUCGCAACUUCUCCAAGCCCGAAUCCUGUCGAACCACGCCUUGUCACAACGGUGGACGUUGUGUGGACACCAGAUUUGGACCCCACUGCUCUUGUCCAGUGGGCUAUGCCGGUCCCAGAUGUCAGCAAACCACUCGCAGUUUCCGUGGAAACGGCUGGGCCUGGUAUCCACCUCUUGAAAUGUGCGACGAGUCGCAUUUGAGUCUGGAGUUUAUCACCCGAAAACCCGAUGGUCUCAUCAUCUACAACGGACCCAUUGUUCCACCCGAACGGGAUGAGAAGCUUAUAUCCGACUUUAUUGCCCUGGAAUUGGAGCGUGGUUAUCCCAGGCUCCUCAUCGACUUCGGUUCGGGAACCUUGGAACUAAGAGUGAAGACCAAGAAGACAUUGGACGACGGUGAGUGGCACAGAAUCGAUCUGUUUUGGAAUACCGAAAGCAUUCGCAUGGUUGUGGACUUCUGCAAAUCAGCGGAGAUAGCCGAAAUGGAGGAUGGAACUCCGCCCGAAUUCGAUGAUAUGUCCUGCCAGGCGAGAGGACAAAUUCCGCCAUUUGAUGAGUACCUGAAUGUAAAUGCUCCUCUGCAAGUGGGUGGCUUAUACCGCGAGCAGUUCGAUCAAAGUCUGUACUUCUGGCACUAUAUGCCCACGGCCAAGGGUUUCGAUGGUUGCAUCAGGAAUUUGGUUCACAACUCCAAGCUCUACGAUCUGGCACAUCCGGGACUUUCGAGGAACAGUAUGGCAGGUUGUCCACAAACCGAGGAAGUUUGCGCCCAAACGGAGACCACAGCUCGUUGCUGGGAACAUGGAAAUUGUGUGGGAUCCCUGUCCGAAGCCCGAUGCCAUUGUCGACCAGGGUGGACGGGUCCUGCCUGUAAUAUUCCCACAAUACCCACCACUUUCAAGGCGCAGAGCUAUGUGAAGUAUGCCCUGAGCUUCGAACCAGAUCGAUUCAGCACUCAAGUCCAGCUGAGAUUCCGUACCAGAGAGGAGUACGGAGAACUUUUCCGUGUAAGCGAUCAGCACAAUCGGGAAUACGGAAUUCUGGAGAUCAAGGAUGGCCACCUGCACUUCCGAUACAAUCUGAAUUCCCUCCGCACCGAAGAAAAGGAUCUCUGGCUAAAUGCCAUUGUGGUUAACGAUGGCCAGUGGCAUGUGGUGAAGGUGAAUCGUUAUGGCUCUGCUGCUACCCUGGAAUUGGAUGGAGGCGAGGGUCGUCGCUACAACGAGACCUUUGAGUUCGUGGGACAUCAGUGGUUGUUGGUGGACAAACAGGAGGGUGUCUAUGCAGGCGGAAAGGCCGAAUACACUGGCGUCAGAACCUUUGAGGUAUAUGCCGAUUACCAGAAGAGCUGUCUCGAUGAUAUACGUCUUGAAGGCAAACACCUUCCAUUGCCACCGGCGAUGAAUGGCACCCAAUGGGGACAGGCCACAAUGGCCAGGAAUCUGGAGAAGGGUUGUCCUUCAAAUAAACCCUGCUCGAAUGUAAUCUGCCCCGAUCCUUUCGAGUGCGUGGACCUGUGGAAUGUCUACGAGUGCACUUGCGGCGAAGGACGCGUAAUGUCGCCCGAUUCCAAGGGCUGUAUGGAUCGCAACGAGUGUCUCGAUCUGCCCUGCAUGAACGGUGCCACAUGCAUCAAUCUCGAGCCCCGUCUGCGGUAUCGAUGCAUUUGCCCCGACGGUUUCUGGGGCGAGAAUUGCGAACUGGUGCAGGAGGGGCAGACCUUAAAGCUCAGCAUGGGCGCCCUGGCGGCGAUUUUGGUCUGCCUUUUAAUCAUACUGAUACUCGUCUUGGUGUUCGUCGUAUACAAUCGUCGGCGUGAGGCGCAUAUCAAAUAUCCGGGUCCCGAUGAUGAUGUGCGCGAGAAUAUAAUCAACUAUGACGAUGAGGGAGGCGGCGAGGACGAUAUGACCGCCUUUGAUAUCACGCCUCUGCAGAUACCAAUUGGUGGGCCAAUGCCACCUGAGCUGGCGCCCAUGAAAAUGCCAAUUAUGUAUCCCGUUAUGACCUUAAUGCCAGGUCAGGAACCCAAUGUGGGCAUGUUCAUUGAGGAGCAUAAAAAGCGUGCCGAUGGAGAUCCAAAUGCGCCGCCCUUCGAUGACUUGAGGAAUUACGCGUAUGAAGGCGGCGGCAGCACUGCCGGAUCGCUUAGCUCGUUGGCUUCAGGAACUGAUGACGAGCAGCAGGAGUAUGACUACCUCGGGGCCUGGGGGCCACGCUUCGACAAGCUGGCCAAUAUGUACGGACCCGAGGCGCCCAAUCCCCACAAUACCGAACUAGAAUUGUAAGCUGGGAGACCGAGGAAUGGCAAAGAAUAGAGUGGGGAGAAGGGAGCGACCGAAUCCAAAUCCGAAGCGGAUACCUAGAUGAACAAACUAAAACUGUUAGUAGAUACAAAGUUGCAUUUAAAUCGAAAUGAAAACCCCACUCACGAGGGAAACUCACACACAAAGAAAGCGCAACCAAAGAGGCAUCUUAAUGCUGAAGUUGGCAGAACUCUCUACGUAAAUGGAAACUAAGAACUAGAAAACUAAAAGGGGAGGGAAAAUGGAUAUGGAAAUGAAGGAUAAAUCAAACACAUAUUAUGACACGUAAAAUGACAUUUGUAAAAAUAUUUCAUCAGCAUUUAAAUUUAAAUAUUUACGAUAAUGAGAUUAAGUUAUUAGGGCAACCCAAACCGAAACUUACGGUUGCACUUUUUCCAGCAUUUUUUGCGGGGCAAGCUAAGAACGAAUUAAGAAAAAUGAGAAAUUGAGAAUUGUAAGAUGUAGAAGAGAGCAUACCAAAGUUUAGUUUAGGAGCGCUUAUGAAUUUAUAACUUUAAUUCUCGAACAGAUUUGUUGUGCAUAUUAUUUUAAGUUGUAAUUAUUAUUUUAAGCAUUUUCUGUUUAGAAGUGUGUGACGUUUUGUGUGAGUCAUUUAGCGGUUAAGCCAGAAAUAUUCUCAACGCCUUUAAUUUAUCGUCAAUUUAAGUUAAUCAUUUUUUAUUUCGCAUUACUUUUUAAGGAUUACAAUUAAACAGAAUUAAAAAUUAUAUAAAGGAAUACCCAAAGACUGUUUUCGUUCCAUCAUAACAAGUAUAUACAUACAUUAAAAACACGAAACAUAUAUAUAUUAACAUAUAAACAUUACGAAAUUUUUAACUGCAAAUCGAAUGGCAUUUCGCAAGCUGUCGCAAUGUGUAUCAUUCAAUUUAAAGUAAACCACAAUCGGCAUACCCUUGGCAAAUGCCAAGAAGAAAAUACUCCUAAAAAGAUAUUCUAAAUGCAGAAAACCUAUGCUAAAAUCUCCACACAAAGCGAAUCUAGCCGAAGAAAUGCUGGCAAAGUAAAGUAAAGUAAAGAAAAAGAAAAAUUACCUUUAGAUGAACUUAGCGCAAUUGAUAUAAUUAAAAUGAAUACUUAAAAAGAAAAAAAAGAUAUAUAUUAAUGAUGAAAAAGUAUUUUACAUUGUAUAUAUUAUUAGUUUUAGCACGUAUACAAAAGAACACAGACACAAAAACAAUAUUAAACCAGAUGAAGUUGGUAGCAAAAACUUAAAUCUUAUUAAGUCAUUUCAACUAGAAUGGAAGAAUGCAUUCAACUAAAAAUAAUAAAAUCCUCCAUAUACAUAAACCUUAAAAGCAACUGCAUUUAAAAACAAACUUUUUCCACAUGACAAAGCAAACGUUUGCAGAUUAGUUCUACUUUUCCAAUUGUUCGCUGAAACUUUUAUCGAUAGAUAAUAGUCGCAAAAUUUUAUUAUUUUCAUUUGUUGUUGCAUAGACAAACACACAUAAUAAAAGUUGAUUUUGUAAGUUGAGUUCACGUUUUUAUUUCAAACUGUCAGCCAGAUAAAACAAAUCAGAAAAACAGUUUAUUGAAUACCGAUUACCGAUUGUAGAGAACCGUAAGUACAUAAUAUAAAAAUAAAUAUAUGAAAUCUAUCUAAAUCAUAGAGUUUUCCAGGCAGCAUGGCCAAAAACAUGAUCCUAUUGAAAAUUAUGUUUCAGUUCCUUAAUUUUGACAAAUUUCCCCUUUAGGCAGAUAAAAAUCACCCACACAGCCACACACAAUUUUCGGUAUUCGAAUUAUUCCUACUACCACAAGAGAAACGUUAAGGAAAAGUACUUAAGAAAUACUUACCAUAUACAUAUAACAAAAGAAAGUGGAGAAAAUCUAACAAAACUGCAACAAAAGUUGACUAUUGAAAAGUGCAAAGAUUUUAACGUAAUUGUUAAACCAUACAGCGAAAUAAAAUAAUAAUAAACUUCUCUGCUGUACUUGUUUGAGAAAAUUCAUAGAAAUUUUAAAGCACAUUAAUUGUUAAAUCGAAACGUAGCUCGAAGUAGCCAUUAAAGAAUAUCCGGAGCCAUUUUGAAUGAUUUGCCUGUGCAGCUACAGUGCGGUACGGUACAGCAAGUCCGCAAACACAGACAUACACUGAACACUGCCAAAACAAUGGCUUAGUUGCGCAAAGACUCGUAGACUCAACGAACUUUUCAUUUUUGGCUUUCGCUUUUCUACCGCCCAUUUAGAAUUUUUCAUUUGACCUUCUUUCUGACGCAUCUGACUAUGAAUAAAUUUUGCAUUUAUAUAUGUAUAGGUCGAACAGCCAACGGAAACGAAAAAAAAAUCUCAAACACCCACAAACCACACAAUGCAAACAUUUUAAAUUGAAGACAUUCGAUAAACAGCAAACAAAAGAACCGACGCGAUAUUUUGUAUUUAUAACAGCAGAAAAGACACACAGAAUAAAAGCAAAAUAAGUAGAAUGGCAAGUGAAUUAUAUACUCAUUUACACGUAUUUGUUAUAUAUUUUGUAAUGUAAGUUAGAAGCAUAUACGAUAUAUUGAAUACUGCACACACACAUACAUAUAUAAUGCGAAAUACAUUUACACCAGAGGAACCCAAACACAGCGACAGACUGACAGAUAGACAGACAAAUACAUGCGAUGCAAGAAUCAUACUAUUUGAUAACUGUGUAUUUAUAAUGUAUGCAUUUUUUACCAACCCAAAAACAAGCGGCAAAAAAAAAACCGAAUCUCCUCUAUAAAACGUAAAUCCCAUUAAGUCUAAUAAAAUGGAAAACAGAUACACACACAAACACAAAAGGAAAUGCGAAACCAAAAAAAACAAAAAACCGAUUUGAAUGCAGUUUUAGAUAAAUUUGCAUAUAAGUACAUUAUUAUGUAAAAUCACUUUAAUAUACAGUAAACAGAAAAGGAAAACGGAAACUAGUAUUAAAAAAUGAAAUUAUGAAUAAAUUACGAGUAAUAAUAAUAAAACAGAAGUGCAGCAAACUGCUAGAAAAACUAACAAAUCAAUUGUGUCAGUAUCAAAAAUGAUAAAAAUGCUAAUUAAGUAAGCAACAGAGAAAAGGCGUGAAAAACUUGUAAGCUAAUCACGCGCCACUUGAGGAAAAUGGGGAAAAUAUUUAUUUAAGGAAACCUAUACACGAACAUACACACAAAAAAACACAUUGACAUAUACACACAUUCACUCAUAGACAACAACAACUGCAAUUAUAUUAAACGAGAAAUUAUUAUAAAAGCAAGAAAACACACAAAAAGAAAAGUGGAAAGCAAACAAAAACAAG